AUGUCCCCAAUCGCAAUUGAGUCCGUUGAUGCCCUUGUGGUCGGUGCUGGCUUCGGCGGCAUCUACCAGCUCUACUCCCUGCAGAAAUUAGGUCUCAACGUCAAAGCUAUAGAAAGAGCCGAAGGGGUAGGCGGCGUAUGGUACUGGAAUAACUACCCAGGGGCAAUGAGUGACACGGAGAGUUUCCUAUACCGCUACUCGUGGGAUAAGGAGGACCUGCAGACCUACCCAUGGCCAAACAACUACUUGACACGAGACGAGAUUGUCACCUAUCUCAACCACGUUGUCGACAAAUAUGGACUGCGAGACAAGUUCCAGUUCUCGACGGAGUUGGUGUCCGCGACAUGGGAUGAAUCGAAACGCAAAUGGCAUAUCCAAACAUCUUGUGGGGAUUUCAUUGCAAGAUACCUGUUCACUGCUGUCGGGAUCCAGAGUACUAUGAACAUCCCUAGCUUAACGGGCCUGGGGAGCUUCCAGGGCACCGUCAUGCACACUGCAACCUGGAACCACAGUGUUGAUGUCAGUGGCAGACGCGUGGGAGUUAUCGGCUGCGGAUCAAGCGGUAUUCAGGUGGCCGACGCACUUGCAACUAAGGUCGCAGAGCUGCACUGCUUCAUCCGUCACGCGCAGUUUACCGUGCCGCUGCGGCUACAGCCCGUGACGGCCGCGCAGCGUGCUCAGAUUAACGCCAGCUACGACGACAUCUGGACCGCGCAGCGUAAUUCGGCAACGGCAUUUGGAUUCGAUGAGCCGACAACGGAGGCCAUGAGUGUAACCCCAGAGGAACGCGAGCAGGUCUUCGAGAGUCUCUGGCGCCAGGGCAACGGCUUUCGAUUUAUGUACGGCGGCUUUGGGGACAUCUGCUCGGAUGCCGUGGCAAACGAGGAGGCAUGCAAGUUCAUGCGCGCGAAAAUCCGGUCUAUCGUCAAGGACCCCUCCAAGGCUGACGUCCUCACCCCGGGGGGAGACAACGUACUUGCCGUUGACAUCUUGAAAACGCCGAUUGUGGCGAUCGAGCGGAACGGUAUCAGGACAAGCGACGGGAAGCUGCAUGAGCUCGAUAUUAUAGUGCUCGCCACGGGCUUCAAGAGCGCCGACGGCAGCUACACGACCAAACAUGGGAUCAGAACAUACGCCAGCAUGUUCCUCUCGUCUUUCCCGAACCUGUUCAUGGUCACUGGGCCGCAGGGGCCAUUUAGCAAUGCACCAACGCUGAUCGAGGCGCAGGUGGACUUUCUGACGGGGAUGCUCAGGGACCUGCGUGGGCUGAAGGGCGUCAGCAGCGUUAUUGAGUGUACCGAAGAGGCUGAAACGGAGUGGGUGGGCCUCUGUGAUCAGCUGGCUGCUUCCGAGACACUGUUCGAUAGGGUCGACUCCUGGAUCACGGGGAAGAAUAUCCCUGGGGCAAUGCCUUCGGUGAAGUUCUACUAUGGCGGAUUGAAGUCGUUUCGUGAAUUCCUUGAUGUUAUGAGGGCUAAAAACUACUGCGGACUGGUGGUAGACUAG